AUGGCCGAGGACGAGGCGGACCCCAAAAGCCCCAAGGCGGCCGGGGGGCCCCCCCCAGGGGGUGGAGACCCCGGCUCCCUCCUGCAGAAGCUGCGAGGUGGCAUCACAAAAAGCAUCCAGAACAAAGUUGAGCUUAUACUGCAAGACGUCCAGAAAUUCUCAGACAACGACAAGCUGUACCUCUACCUGCAGCUGCCCUCCAGCCCCAGCGCGGGGGACAAGAGCCUGGACCCGAGCGUGCACAGCACGGCCGAGCACAUGUACGCCUAUAACUGGAUCCGGGACCAUCUGGAGGAACACGUGGACACCUGUCUGCCCAAGCAGGACGUCUACGACGCCUACAGGCGAUACUGCGGCAGCCUCCGCUGCCGCCCGCUCGGAGCCGCCAACUUCGGCAAGAUCAUCCGCGAGAUCUUCCCCGACAUCAAGUCCCGGAGACUGGGAGGCCGGGGCCUGUCCAAGUACUGCUACAGUGGCAUCUGCAGGAAGACCCUGGUGUCCAUGCCGCUGCUGCCCAGCCUCGACCUCAAGGGCCCCGAGAAGGAGCCAGGCCUGGAGACGGCCCUGGGGCCGCAGGACGAGCUGCUGGAGGCGGCCUGCGCCCUGACCUGCGACUGGGCCGAGACCAUCCUGCGGCGCUCCUUCAGCUCCAUCGUGGAUGUGGCCCGCUUCCUGCUGCAGCAGCACCUCAUCUCCGCCCGCUCCGUCCGCGCCCGCCUGUUCUCCGACACCGUGCUCCCGACGGCCGCCACCGCCGCCGCCGACCCCGCUGAUGGCGGCGAGCGGCCCGGCCCGGGCCCCCGUCCCCCUGCCAAGAACGGGCUGGCGGCCCCCGAGGAGGCCAGCGACCCUCAGGCGACGAAGCCGGCCCGGCCGGAGGGCUGCCAGGAGGCACCACCAUCUCCAUCUCCUCGCCCCUCCGCUCUGCCCCUCGACCCCCAGCAGCCCCCGAAGGAACCGGCGCCGGAGAUCGCACCCCCCGUCCGCCCACCACCGGGCCCCGGGGGCCCCCGGAAGGCCAAGCGGAGCUCGGAGGCCUCCCCACGGGUGCCAACCGCCAGUAGCCCCCAGGUGAGCACCCUGGUCGCCCGGCAGCCCCCGCUCCGGCCCCACGUGCCCUGCCCGCCCCCGCCCCUGCACCGGCCCCGGCCCCUGUGCCUCUCUCCCCCUGUCCUGGCCCCCAAGCUGGUGCCCAGCGGGACCCUCAAGAUAGCCGCCCUGCCCCUGCCAGUGGGCGCGGGGGGACCCCGGGCCUCCCUGCCCAUCAUCAGCAUGAUCUUGCCCGCCGUGCCCGUCCCCCCGGCCUGGGCCGGGGGCCAGCGGGGCACAGAGGCGGGCGGCGGGGCGGCCCACCCCGGCCCCCGCGCCAGGGUCCCCAAGCGCCCGGCGGAGGGGCCCGCGGACGGCGGGGCCAAGGUAGCGAAGAAGGAAGGCCAGGAGGUGAGCCCGGCCGGCGGGGCCCGAGAAGGCAGGCGAAAGAGGGGUCGCCCCCGGAAGGAAACGGGCGGCCGGGAGAGGAGCCCCCCGUCGGAGAAGCCCGGGCCCCCCACGGACUCAGCCCGCCCGCCGGAGCCGGGUGGCGGAGCGGCCCGGGGCGGUGCUGGGGCGCAGAGGGGCAGCCAGGACUCCUCGGCGGAGGGCAAGGGGUCUAAGAAAGCCCCUCCUUGACCUCCUGGAGAGGGGGUGAAGGUGGGGAGGGGACCCGCCCCCCACACCCCAAAGCUCACAUCCUCCAACCUCCCUUUUACAACCCGUCCUCCGCAUCCACAUCUCCCAAUAAAAUCUGUUCCAUCUCCCGCC